AUGUAAUAAAUUGGAGAUAUUACAGAAUUGCAAAAAUUACCUCCUGAUUAAUUUUCAUUUUUAUUGAGAAUUGGAAAUAAAUGUUAAUCUACUUCUCUAACAAAUGUUUUUACUGGAGAUCCUGCAAUACCUGUUAUUGGCAAAUAUUCAAGAAAUCAAUAUCAUUUUUUGAAUGUAGAUGUAUUGAUUUAAAUGGAUUUGAAUUUAAAUGAAGAUAACUAUUAUAGUCAGGGAUGGAAAAUAAAUUUACCAGUAAAUGUGCUUUAGAUAUUGCAUAACAUUCCUGAAUAAAUAAUACAUAACAAGCCACCACCUAAAGAAAAUAACAAAAAGGGAGGUAAGAAACAAAAUAAAAAGUAAGGGAAACAAAAGGAAGAAUAAGAAUAACAAAUAUAAUAAAUUGAGAAUGAACCAUAAUUAAUUUAAUAAGAUAAAAAUGAACAUGAAGAAGAUUUUAAAAUAAUGGAAUUUCAUCCAUUACAAUUUCAUUUAUCUCACAAUAUCAAAUUUAGUUGGAUCAUAAGUUCCUUAUAAAAUAAGAAAAUACUUGAACCAAUGAAAUAAGAGCCAUGUUUGAGUUAUGUUAAUCAUAAUUGGGUUUUUGAAGUUAUUAAUUUUGAACACACAAAGAAAAUAAUUCAACAUCUACCUAUAUGUGUUGUAGAUGCAAAAGGAGCAUAUGAGUAUCCUGAUCCACAUAAGGGACUUAGUUUUAAAGGUCUAAGAUCAGAAUAUAUGUCAGUACAUCUUGGAUAAUAAGGAUCUCUUUGUUUCUCACCAAACAAUAUGAAAAUGAUGGUAGAUAUGAAAUGUCCUUUGAUUUCAUUUUGGACUGUAAUUUUAUAGGAAGAUGGAAUACAUUAAGUGAAUUUACAUUGGGUGAUUUUGCAUGAAAUGUUUUCAGAAAUGUCUCAUGUUAUAGCCAAAGAAAAUAAGACUAUUAAAUAAUUAAUAACAAAUUAUGGAGAAUUAAGUGGUGAAUUUAAAGCAGAAUGUGAACAAAUAAACAAAGUUUUUGUUUGA